CUCUCCACUCCUCCAACCCCCCUCUACAACAUCACACUGUGGGGGGUAUGGGCAAUCAGAAGGAUGUGGGUGGAUCAGCAGUUGCAGCACUCUCUCAUUUACACAAUUUGAGUGUAGGACCAUAUGGGUCAUCUAAACUUUCAUCAUCGGCAGCAGCAGUCCAUUCCAUUAAACCUGGACUGAGUUCAUCCGCUUCGGUGGCCUCCGGCGGAGACUUCAUGGCAUCCCAACAACAGCAACCACCGUUCACAUCCGCACUGAGCUUGGGUACAGGCAGUGGACUCACUCUGGCAAAUGCACCCUCCCCCACUACAUCUGCUGCGGGCGAUGUGGGUGGAUCUGUGCUGAAGCAGCGCGAGUUCUCUGGGGAAAUAGAGACGGAGACUAAUAAUUACUUCAUGCGUAUCUACAGCCAGUCCAAUCCUCUACCCCACAUAAACCAAGUGCUGGAACUACUGAAGAACUACAAGAACUCCUCACUGCCCCGAGACAAGGACAUCUACCUGUGCAUGAUGCGCAAUCUGCUGGAAGAGUACCAGUUCUUCGAGCAGUAUCCGGACAAGGAGUUGCACACCACUGCCCUGCUGUUCGGGGGAGUGAUCCAGGAGGGGCUGAUGGAGGGGGAGGCACUGCGGGUGGCACUGCAGUACAUACUGGACACCCUGAAGGACAAAGCAGACCACAAAAACAUGUUCCUGUUCGCCCUCACUUCUCUCGACCGACUCAGCCCCUCUCUUCACCUCCACCCACACUUCUGCGCCCGACUGGCUGCACUGCCCUGCUUCGACAGCUUCUCUCAGCACCUCAAAGACUGUAUAAGUUUUGGGCAGCAGGAAAAAAGUGUUGCAGCUCCCAGUACAACAGUACCACCCUCUCUCCAUGGCUCAAGUGUUGAGGAAGUGGGGGGAGCAAGUGGAAUCCAACAGGCCACUGGGACAAUGGGACAGAAUCAAUCCAGCAAUCAUGUACAGAUGGCGGCGGCGGCGGCGGCUGUUGCUGUACACCCGGAGGGAAGUAUUGUCUCCAGUAGAUCUGCAUCUGGCACCGGCACUGGUUCGGUGGCUGUGUCCGGUGGGGGUUCUGCUGGGCCCUCUCUGGCGUCCUCUGCAGCGAACAUUGACAUUCUGGUGGCUAAUGCAGACAGUGUGGAGAUGGAGGAGCCGAGCAAACAGCUGCAGGAGAAGGUGGCCUUCGUCUUCAACAACAUCUCACAGAGCAACGUGCCAGCUAAGGUUGAAGAGCUGCGUGGAGUUGUGACGAAUGACAAAUUCUACCCGUGGCUGUCGCGCUACCUCGUGGUCAGCAGGAUAACGAUGGAGACCAACUUCCACGCCCUCUACGCCUCCUUCCUUGACUGCUUCGACGUCAAAUCUUUCUCCCAAAUGGUCCUCACAGAGACCAUCCGAAACAUCAAGGUGCUACUGACUUCGGAAAAGGUGGUCAUGCACAAUUUCUCUGACCGGGCGCUACUAAAGAACUUGGGCAAGUGGCUCGGAAUUAUCACCCUCGCUAAGGACAAACCCAUUCUGCAGAGGAGUCUGGACCUGCGCAGUCUACUGCUGGAAGCGUUUGUCAGGGCCGGCAACGAGAUGACGAUUGUGAUUCCAUUUGUGGCUAAGGUGAUGGAGAGUGCCGCCAAGAGUGUAGUGUUCCAGCCACCCAACCCAUGGACCAUGGCUAUACUCAGCAUCCUCUGUGAGAUCCACAAGGACCCUUCUCUCAAACUUAACCUCAAAUUCGAAGUCGAAAUGCUCGGCAAGCUGCUCAACAUCGAUAUAGCUGAAGUGCAGAAAAACCGGCCAUGUCAUCUGAACAAGACAGAGACGAUGGUCAAGAUUGUUCCGCAGCUGGCACCCCGAAUGCCAUGUGGUGCUCUGUCGGCCGAGUCGGCGGGGGUUUCUGGCUCAUCAGAGGUGGUGCAGUUGGGUGGCAGCAGUGAAUUACAGCUGAACUCCAGAGCCAUCGCACACUUCACUGCUCUGCAGCAGCAGCAACAACAGCAGCAACAUAGACAUCAUCAACAGCAACACAGUGCCGCACUAGCAGCAGCCGCCGCAGUCCAGAGUGCCUCCGGGUCUGCAGCACAACUGGGUGCACAACAACAACAACAUCAGCAGCAGCAACAGGUGUUGGUGAUGAAGCAGCCACAGUACGCGUACCAGGAGAUCAACCACCAGAGUGUCCAGUCUGGGCUGACUGGGAAGAUCCGGGACAACUACUCCAACUCCCUCUUCCACCAACACCCCACCCUCAGACACCUCAUCAAGCCCAACAUAGAGAAGACGGUGCAGGAGCUACUCACCCCACUCAUCGACAGGAGUGUGCGGAUUGCGGUGAUCACGUGUGAGCAGAUGAUUAAGAAGGACUUCGCUCUGGACCCGGAGGAGAUGCGGAUGAAGACGAGUGCAUUCAAUAUCACCCGACACCUCACAGCCACCAUGACCCUGAUCACGUGCAAAGAGCCCCUGCUGAUCGCAUGCACGAACAGCCUCAAGAACGCAUUCCUCCAACAGCUCAGGAAUGCGAGCAUUGCAGCGGAGUUGGUGCAGAGCAUUGCACAUGGGAUAGCGAAUGACAAUCUGGAGUUGUGUGUGGCUUUCACGCAGAAGAGUGCGAUUGAGAAGGCACUGGUGGAGAUAGAGAAGAAGCUGUCCACUGAGUUCGAUCUGCGCAGACACGCGAGGAACGAGAACAGACGCUACUGUGACCCCAAAGUGCUCACCUACCAGGCAGAGCGCAUGCCAGAGCAGCUGAGGAUGAAGGUGGGCACAGUCACGCCCAAGCAGCUGGUCGUGUACGAGGAGUUUGGAAGAGAGAUUCCCGGAUUCGCCAACAGACCACCAGUCCACACUGGAACAGCACCCACUGAAGACCCACGGGCAUCCCAGCUGGGUGCAAUUAGUCACCACGCGACAGCUGCAUUGGGUGCAGUUGGAGGAGCAGGAGCAGGAGGGGGAGCAGCCUCAAGCGAUGAUUUGGGCUACAUGUAUAGCAAAAUGGUGAGCGAACUGGAGCAGCAUUUGAAGGCGUGCCAGCAACACUCUGCAUCCAGACUGUUUGGCGCCAUGCAGACUCUACUGGAAAACGUGGCAGUGGCCAGAAACUCGCGUGAAAUAUUGGCCGCCAUCUCUCUUCUUUCGAAGACUGUGGACAGUCUGCUGCAAGGACUGUUGAACCCGCCCGACCCCCAGGAGAUGGUGAUGCGGUUCCGAGACUGUCAUCUGCUCGUGUUGAAGGCACUACAGGACCCCAGGGCGUACGGGGCCAUGUGGACUAACAAGAAUGUGACAAAGGCUCUGAUUGAGAGCAGGGAGCCAAACAAGUACUGUGUGGACGGCAUCGACUGUUUGAUCAAGACGAGACUGGUCAACAUGCAGCAGUUCGACAUGUACCUCACGGCCGCCAUGGAGAACGGCUUCAACUACACCGUGGUCUCAUUCGCCAUGAAACUAGUGUACAAAUAUCUGUUCGAUGAGGCCACCACCAACGCACUCCUCGAGGCCAAAUAUGCUGACCUUUACGGCACGAUAGAGAUGUUGAUCCGGAUCGGAAAGGGAUCCCGCAGUCCCCCCGAAGAGCUGAGUCGGCUGAUCGAGAUGAUUGGGGCGAGUGUGGACAACAGUGUGAUCGACAGACAGCCCGGAGGACCCAUCGGGAUGAUGCACUCUGGCAUCUCUCAGGCCAGGGAGUUCGACGACCCACCUGGGCUGAAGGAGAAGACUGAUCAGUUGCUGAGGGAAUGGGUGACCAUGUACCACUCGCAGAACAGUGGCAAGGACAGCACGAAAGCAUUCUCCACAUUUGUGACUCAGAUGCACACGCAGGGCAUCCUGAAGACAGACGACCUCAUCACUCGCUUCUUCCGCAUCUGCACCGAAGUGUGUGUGGAUGUGUGCUACCGGGCUCUGAAUGACUCCACCAACAGUCCCAACCACUCUCUCACCAGGGCCAGAUGCUACCACACGCUGGACGCAUUCGUCCGCCUCAUCGCCCUCCUCGUCAGACACUCUGGCGACGCCGCAAACACACUCACCAAAAUAAACCUGCUCAACAAGGUGCUGGGUCUGUUGACUGGCGUACUGCUGCAGGACCAUGAGUUGAAGAACACUAGCUUCCAGCAGCUGCCCUACCACCGAAUUUUUAUCAUGCUCUUCAUGGAGCUUUGUGCGCCGGAUGAAGUUCUCGACGGAAUUAGCUUCCAGGUGCUGACUGCGUUCAGCUAUGCCCUGCAUGUGUUGCGACCCAGUAAGGCGCCUGGCUUUGCCUAUGCUUGGCUGGAACUGAUCAGCAACAGAAUCUUCAUCGCCAGGAUGUUGCACCUCACUCCCCAGCAGAAGGCGUGGGCCAUGUAUGCUCAGCUGCUCAUAGACCAGUUCCGCUUCCUCGCUCCCUUCCUGCGCAAUGCUGAGCUAACUAAGCCAGUGCAGCUGCUCUACAAGGGGACACUUCGGGUGCUGCUGGUGCUGCUGCAUGACUUCCCAGAGUUCCUCUGUGACCAUCACUACGUCUUUGCUGACGUCAUCCCACCCAACUGCAUCCAGAUGCGCAACCUCAUCCUGUCCGCAUUCCCCAGACACAUGCGGCUCCCCGACCCAUUCACGCCAGACCUCAAGGUGGAUCAACUGUCGGACAUCAAAUAUGCGCCGCGCAUCCUGCACAACUUCGCCGCCGGCAUCCCCAGUGCACUGCGGAAAGACCUUGACCUCUACCUGAAGAGUCGUUCUCCCGUAGAGUUCCUGAGCAAACUGAGGAAUGACCUGCAGGUGUCCUCUGAACCAGGCAUGCGGUACAAUGUGCAGCUGAUGAAUGCAGUGGUGUUGUACGUGGGCGUGUCUGCCAUCACUGUGAUCCAGUCUGCGGGCAAGAUGCCACAGAUCAACGCCAUCCAGUACUCCCCACACAUGGAUGUGUACCAACACCUGGCAGUAUCUCUGGACACCGAAGGUCGCUACCUGUUUCUCAAUGCGAUUGCCAACCAUCUGCGCUACCCGAACAACCACACCCACUACUUCAGCUGUGUGCUGCUCUACCUUUUCGCAGAGGCCCACUCGGAACACAUUCAGGAGCAGAUCACGCGUGUUCUGCUGGAGAGAGUGAUCGUGAACAGACCACACCCCUGGGGUCUCCUCAUCACAUUCAUAGAACUCAUCAACAACCCCAACUUCAAGUUCUGGCAGCACGAGUUCGUUCGCUGCGCCCCCGAAAUUGAAAAACUGUUUGACUCGGUGGCCAAGAGUUGCAUGCAGAGGAAGGAGGGGGGUGGUGGGGGACCAGCAGUCGUCCCGUCUCAGGGGGGAUCUGGGAUUCCCUCCGGCGGUGCCCUUAGUCUCCCGCCCUCUGCAGCUUCCGCAUCUGCUGUGAACGUCAGUAGUACAGCGAGUGCCAGUGGUGUGGGUCCGGCCGGCAACACUGGUGGAGGAUCGGGGACAAAUGCAGCUGGGGGAGCAGUGCAGUCUACUAAUGUGACUCUGGCCUGUCCCCCCGCCGCCGCCUCCUCCACACAACAGGUGCGCAAUGACCAAGUGGUGUCGCCCUCAUCAGCCAACAUCAUACAGGCUGUUACAGUGAACAACAGUGAAGGCCACACAAACAGUGGCUAGGAAAUCACGAAAGUGGCUGAACAUAAAAUAUAGACUGAACUGAAAUUGAACUCUUCAAAAAUGAAGCUGAAACUCAUGAAACUUCUUUCGAUUGAAAAGGAUGCGGCCAUGUUGCAGUGUAGUGUUUUAAGUCUCCGUGUUUUUACUGUUGAUGAGUGUUGGAGUAAUUCCUUUUAAAUUCGUUUCGAGAGGAAAAUUGUUAAUUCCUAUCUACACUCUAGUUUCUCAAUAUAUUUUGCGCUAUCUCUAGACAAUCCUUGUCUGGACAAUUUUGCCUUUGCGUGUGGGUAAAAGUUUUAAUCUAACAUUCAAUUAUGUGAUGUUGUCAAUAUCUCAUGCGCAAUGACGCUUCAUUUCAGUGAGAACAAACUUAAUUUGACCUCUUAACGAACUUACGUCAAUUUGUAAGUUCAAUAUUUCGCACGUGUUCAUGAACUACAUAAAGUUUUUACAGGGGGGCCAUGGUAUCAGUGCGGUCAGUGCCAUAUCAGUGCCAGCAAAUUAUUAUCAGUGCCAAAAAUUCUUAGUCGCAUUUGUUCACAAAAUUAUCAAAAGCUUCGAACGAUAUAAAUUUUGAAUCUAAGUUAUGCUGAUAUGAUUUGUAAAACAUUCUUCUGAGAAAUUUAUUUCUGAAACGUUCUCACAAAAUAAUUUUCGACAUGUUAACUGGUUUUAUUUGUGCUAAAAGUUGUGUCAAAAGGAGGGAAAAAGCGAAAAAUAUUUGUGCCAGGCGUUUAUUUUUAUCAGUGCCAGCGAUUUUUGGAUACCGUGGCCACCCUGAUUUAUGAAUAAUCUUGUCCCUGUUAAUUUCUUUGCUCUCAUAAUUUAAGUGUUUUCAAACAACCUACUUGUGCUUAUUUUUGUGGGCAAGUAUAUGGAAAAUGGCAGUUGGAAAUGCAGAUGAUGUUGCUAAUUUAAUUUGAUCAAACUCCUUAUUUUUGAAGAAAUACUGUUGAUUUGUUAUAAUAACUGAGUCUGUACGCUUUAGUUAUGCUGUUCAUUUUUUCUUUAACUGCGAUUGAUGCAAGAGAACACGUUCUUUUUA